GUAGAAGAUGUGAUGUUGCUGUGCAGGUUGGUGAUAGGUACAGUGUGUGCCGCCUCGGAAAGACACUGGUUUGUAUAUGGUAGUAGGAUGGGAACGAGAUAUCUAGAGCAAACAAAAGCGAAGAGCAAAGUCUGAUUUUGUCUAUUCGGUGGGACACUGUUCCUGUAUUAUGUAUUAUGUAUCAUGUAUGCAUGUAUAUAUGUAUGUAAUACAAUUCCUACACAAAGGCAAGGAACCUAGGUAAUCAACAUACUACAUACACUCCCUACCCGUACCCGUCAUGAGCGUGUACUGUGUACGGUGAACCUACAUUAUGUGCCAUGUACCCUACAUAUAUUGGCCCACUCUCCAGGUAUCUCCCUCAGGCCAGCGAUCACUCCAUUUUUUUCUCAGUCCAUGCGAAGGGGGAGUACAAGCAUUGGGCUGCAACUCUGGCUGCAACUCGCCUGCAACCACCAGGGGGGAGCAGCAUCCAGCAUCCAGCAUCCAGCAUCCAGCAUCCAGCAUCCAGCAUCCAGCAUCCAGCAUCCACCAGCAGCAGGACGACGGCGGCGGCGGCGGCAACGGCAAUCCGCCUAACCAGCCCAGCGUUGCCAACCCAGCAUCCCUCCAAACGACGAAUAUCCUCCGGCUUCUAACCGUUCCCAUGUGUCCAUGUGCACAUGGAUUGGCUCAACCGCCAACCGUCAGCACAAAGCCGCCAGCAUCGCCCUCGCCUUCGCCAUCGCCAUCGCCAUCGCCGACCCUCCGACGUACGUACUGUGUAGGUAUAGUGCUGCUCGACAUUACAUCACAUACCUUCUAACAACGGUCGAACAAACCUGUUCCAUGUUUGUUUGGAUUUCCUCAUUCGGAUGGGACCAUGGACCCGUGAUGCUGGGUCCGUCCGGUCGUAGGAGGAGUUAAGAAGAAAGAAUGGGGAAAUGGAUUCGUAACGGUCG